AUGGCGACGACGUUUGAGGGAUAUCAACCACUUGCUAGUUUCCGGAAACAGAUUCGAGUAAUGAUCAUUCAUCCAUACCAGGUACUGGAAACUGAGAUCGUCGCAUGCACUCUCGAGAAGACGGACCUGGUCGAUGCCAACCCAUUCCAUGCGCUAUCGUAUGUGUGGGGUCCAGAGACACUCGUAUCCCCGUUGCUCGUCAACGGCCGAACAGUCCUCAUCCGAAGAAGCUUGUGGCUAUUCCUACACACGCUUCGAGCCCGCUUCUGCUCACGAAGUUCAGGUGGCCCUUUGACUACAAUUCGCGUCUGGGCCGACUACAUUUGUGUCAACCAGAGCGAUGAUCAGGAGCGGAACCAUCAAGUUUCAAUGAUGGGUGAAAUAUACGAAGCGGCGGACUCGGUCUACUCCUGGCUCGGUGAG